GCUUUCGGCACUUGCUCCGGCGUUUUCCGGUGGCAGUAAUGAGAUGUCGGCCCAGCGCCAUGUUACGGCCACAUUCGUUCUGUACAUCUCAAAGCUUGCGACUGCGGUGAGCAGUGAGAAGACUGUAUCAAAACCCAAUUAUUACGAAUGGAAUGGCUUCGUAGCUAGACGGAUCAAUAAAUCGUGGGGCAGACGUAGCACAGGGAUUACUUGCAGCCUUGUCACAUCCUCACGCUUCCCCCAGGACUGUCUACUGAAACGCAAGCGCACAGGGAUGAGUAGUAUGGAUACCAAAAUCAGCGCAAUCGUGCACCAGAAUGAGGUCUCUGUAUGCCUCGUGUGCUAGUGCUCCGAAAUCCUAUGUAUACAACGAGGCGGUUGACGAGAAAUUAUGGAUCCUAUCGGAACUGAGAUGGGUGGGACAACAAUCAUGAGGAACUGAUAGGCUACGGCGGGGCUACAAUGCAGUAGAAGGAUGUUUAGUCGCAUGGUGUAGCAUGUGCCAAUCGUGACUGUACUAACCAGCGAUCUUCGCACACGUCGGGACCGCAAGUGGCCAAUAAGCUGC